UGUACUCUGCCGUGUCUCACACACUGACUGACAGUCAUUAAGGGCAAGGCACUCCGGGCUCACUGUGCGGGCUGCAGGCGGGAUCUAUGCGGGAGAACACCAGCGCUGUCCCGAAUCUGACUGCACCCUCAGCGCUGCUUAUUUUUAUGUGUGAUCCCUACACCCGAGACUGACACCCUGUGAUCCCCACACCCGGGACUGUCGCUCUGUGAUCCCUACACCCGGGACUGUCACCCCAUGAUCCCUACAGCGAUACUGAGCAUGUCACACUAGAUCCCAACACAGUACUGAACUGUCACCCUCUGAUCCCUAUAUCCGGGACUGUCGCACUGAGAUCCCUACAGCAGUCCUGGGCUGUCACCCUGUGAACUGUGCAGCAGUGACUGUGCCCCUGUGAACCUCUCCUAUCUGGGACUGUGAGCCUGAGAUCUCCCCACACCCGGGACUGUCACACAUGAGAGUGGAGUGGAUCUUGCAGUGACUGGGACUUUUCUUGCAGAUCAGAAAAAAUCGGGACAGCACGAUGUUUGACAGAGCCAGGAUCCCCUUUGUUAUCCUGGACAUAAUAUGCGUGGUGCUAGCUGGAUUGCCUUUUGCAAUUCUCAAUUUGAAGCAUAGCUCCUUCAAACGAGGAUUUUUCUGUAACGAUGAUUCCAUCCGGUAUCCGCUCAAAGAAGACACCAUUUCUUAUCGGUUAUUAGCAGCGAUAAUGAUACCAUGCAGUAUUCUUAUUAUCAUUUUAGGGGAGGCCCUGUGUGUAUUUUAUAACCGCUUGCAAUCAAAUGGCUUUGUCAGGAAUCACUAUGUAGCCACAAUAUACAAAGCCCUCGGAACAUUCAUCUUUGGAGCUGCAGUUAGCCAGUCACUGACGGAUAUCGCCAAAUACACUAUAGGUCGCCUGCGGCCACACUUUAUCGAUGCCUGUAAACCCGACUGGACACAGAUAAAUUGCAGCACAGGGUACAUAGAGAAGUUUGUGUGUACGGGGAACGCUGUGACGGCCAGCGAGGCGCGGCUGUCGUUUUAUUCCGGCCACUCGUCUUUCUCCAUGUACUGCAUGCUGUUCCUAGCACUCUAUCUUCAGUCCAGGAUGAAAGGAGAUUGGGCUAGGCUCCUGCGUCCCACCAUCCAGUUUGCACUUGUUGCAUUAUCGAUCUAUGUUGGUCUUUCCCGAGUGUCGGACUAUAAGCACCACUGGAGCGAUGUUCUGGUUGGACUUCUCCAAGGAGCGAUUGUAGCUGUUCUUAUAGUCUUGUAUGUCUCAGAUUUCUUCAAAACCAAAAGAAGUUGUUUUAAUCAAAAAGAGGAGGAUUCGCACACGACACUGCACGAGACAUCAACCAAUGGGAACCACUAUGGGAACACUCACCAACCAUGAAAGCCACUCAAAUCGAUCUAAGAAUACAUAUCCUGCUUUUAAACACAGUAUUAAGAGUUUAGGGGGGCAUUUACUAAGCAGUGAUAAGAGCAGAGAAGUGAGCCAGUGGAGAAGUUGUCCCAUCAAUCAGCAGCUCUGUAUAAUGCUAUAGUAUGCAAAUUAUAGAUGUUACUUCAGUGCUGAUUGGUUGCCAUGGGCAACUUCUCCACUGGCUCACUUCUUCGCUCUUAUCACUGCUUAGUAAAUGUCCCCCUUAAUCUCUUAAUUAGCCUUCCACCCUUCAGUGCUGAGAAGCUGACCCCGCAUGGCACUUCAGCAUUUUAAGAGCAUCCACCACCAAAUACAUGUUGUGGGCUGAACCAAUAUGGACAAGAAUGCAGGAGGAGCUGGAGUCAGUGAUGUCACAGUCUCCUAGCGUCUUCUGACCACUGGUUCAGGCCACAUGUUCUAUAGUGUAGGUGGGUGCCACGACCUGCUGCUGCUAUCUGUUAAAUGCCCACUUUGUAUAUAGUUAUAAAGAACACCUUUAUGUAUAUGUUAUAGCUUUAAAAAAAAAAAAAAGUGAAUUGUUUUCUUUUAUCAACUAUACACACACGGAAGUGAAAUGUGUUACUCAAAUUGUAAUUUUUUUUUAAUUAAAAUAGUGUGGUAAACAGUAUGUACAAACACUUGUGUAAUAUUGCUUUGCUUGAACAUGGCUUGUUCUGCAAACCUGUAACACCAAAACAUUAAAAAGUUUAUAGCAAA